AUGAGUGGACCAGCAAGAUCAAGAUCCAGAGGGAGAGGAGAUGGUCAAGAGUCUUCUGAUCUGUCUGAACCUGUUGGCCAGCAGCCCAGUAGUGAACAACCUCAACAAGAGGAUACUGAACCUGGACAAGAGAGAGAAGAUGAAGGAGCACCUGCAGUUCAAGGGCCUGGACUAGAAGCUAAUAACCAGGAAAUGGGUCUGGAAAAGAUUGGGGGUGAGUGUGGGGAUGGUCCUGGUGUGAAAGGAAAGACUCCACCUACUCUGGAGCCUGCUAAAAUUCCAGAAGCAGGUAUGUUAUUCAUCAAGAAUGCAAGUUAUGGUGUUGCUGUUUUCUACAAUAUUACACUUUAGUGACAAAUCUCACAUGCAAGGAUUAUUUGAAAGGUAGUUCAGACACCAAAUGCUGGAUUUAAAGACAGUGUCAGGGAAAAGAAUUAGACCAAAGCCAUGUUGUUGAAAUAUAAAACAUGAAAGUAUUUUAUUACUAUGGAGUAGAAGUCCCUUAAAGCUUAAAUAUAAAUUAUUUAACAUAAUAUCUAAAUAGCACAGUAGUAGCAAUGAUUUUACUUUAAUU